AUGACAAACCAUAUUUUCCCUUUAAUUUACUUUGUAAUCCUAUUUGAACUAUUUAUAAGUGGAGAAUGUGGUAUGAAAUGUUCCAAAAAGGUUAAGAUUAGUGAGCGCAUUGGAAUGGUAAAGCCAACUAAUUCCCAAAAUAAGGCAAUCCAAAAUGGUCCCAUACCAAAGAUUGUGAUAACAAAGCCUCCAAAAGAAGAUACUACAGCGAGCGAAUUCGUACCAUGCAGUGCCUGUAAGGCUAAGGAGUUAGCUAGAAACAAAUUGUAUACAAAGGUUAAAGAGCAGGAUCAAAUUAGCCAAUUGAAUCUCGAGACCAUAGACGAAUAUGAUUCUGAAACUAGUUCAGAGGCUAAAUUUUUCACCAGUAAAAGUAAGGACGGAAAUAGCCCCAGGUUAAUUAGAUAUAGCAGGACAAAUGAAUUUGAAAUAAGUCCUAGCGCUAGCUCCGUGACUAAUUCUUCUAUCAGCGAUAGUGUCAUCGAUUUGGAAACUAGUACUGACUAUAAAAGCAAGUCUAAAACUAAAUCAGAGGCUGAGGCAAAGUCCAAAGAAGGGGGGCAUAAGGAGCAAAGAAAAAAGGCCAGUCCCAAACCUUCCAGUCCAAAUGUCAGAGUUAAUAUCAAUACAAAAGCUGGACAUAAAGCUAAAAUUAAAAAGAAUGUCAUUAAGAAGAAACACUAA